UCAUGACUUGCUUAUGCUAAACAAGCCCCUGUCACUGAGCUAUGAAUAUAGCCCCUUGCCUAGUUUUUAAGAAUAACUGCUUGUGACAUAAAUAUUCACCAGAGAAAGCCUGAAAGCUGAGUUAGUUCCUGGUAGAAAUCUAAAAAUAAUCACUUUCUAGACCAUGAGUUCUUGCUUCCUCUUUUCUCCUCUGGACUUUCCCCUGAAAAGAGAAAGCAGAAGUAAGUCUCAGGUGUAGAACAGCCAAGGGGUGCCCUCAGUUCAAGGAGAGGAGUGGAGGGUUCUGGGGUCGAGGCCUGGCCCCAUGGAGUUUAUCUUCUGUAAGGAAGACCUUUGUAUACAGAAGUGGAAGCACGUAGAGCCUUUUCACAGGUGACAUAAUGCUAGGGACCGAGCAUCCCCAGCUAAAAGUAUAAAAAAAACAUAUAUAUAUAUAUAUACAUGUUUUCCUGUAUAUAUGAUGUUUGUGUACCACAUGCAUGUCUGUCCAUGGAAACUAGAAGAAGGCAUUAGAUCCCCUGGAACUGGAGUUACAGAUUGUUCGGAGCCACCAUGUGGGUGUUGGGAAUUGAACCUGGGUCUAUAAGAGCAGCCAGGGAUCUUAUCUGCUGAGCCACUUCUGCAGUCCCCACACCCAGUCAUUUUGUUGAAGGUGUACCCACCCUUGAAUGUGUUUCCUUCCAUUAGAUUGUGGUUUUGCUGCCUUAGUUGGAACCCAGGGCCUGGGAAUUUGAGAUCUAGGCAUUUAGGGUUUUGAUUUGUCUCUUUACUGGGUUGGGUGUGGCAGUCAUGUUUUACCUUCUAGUUCUGUGUGGGGAGGCCAAUCAGUACCAAGGAUGUGAGCCCAGAGCCUUUUCAUAUCACCAGAGCCCCAUACUUGAUCUGUGCCCCCAGGUGCAGGGGUGGGGCAUCACUCAUUGUGAGCUUACCUCAACAUUGAGACCACCUGGGGACAGGGGAACUGAAGCAAAAGAUUCCAUACCACAGGCCGAAAGGGAGGUCAGUGUUACUUCCUUUAGCUGUUGUGUGGGUUCACCAUGGUUAGCCAGGACGUGUGACUUCUGCUUCUUCUAGGAGUUGUUGAUCAGAAUGGCUUCAGGACGGUUUUACCUGUCCUGCAUGCUGCUGGGGUCCCUGGGAUCACUGUGCAUCCUCUUCACCACCUACUGGAUGCAGUACUGGCGUGGCGGCUUUGCCUGGGAUGGCAGUGUGCACAUGUUCAACUGGCACCCAGUGCUCAUGGUCUCUGGCAUGGUGGUACUCUAUGGAGCUGCCUCGCUGGUGUACCGCCUGCCCUGGUCGUGGGUGGGGCCCAAACUGCCCUGGAAAGUUCUCCAUGCGGCCCUGCACCUGCUGGCCUUCACCUUCACUGUUUUGGGGUUGGUUGCCGUCUUUCGGUUCCACAGCCAUUCAAAAAUCACACACCUCUACUCCCUGCAUAGCUGGCUGGGCAUCACCACCGUCAUCCUCUUCGCCUUCCAGUGGUCCAUGGGCUUUGCCAUCUUUCUCCUGCCCUGGGCAUCUCAGUGGCUGCGAAGCCUCCUGAAACCUGUGCACGUCUUCUUUGGAGCCUGCAUCCUUUCCCUAUCCAUCACGUCUGUUAUUUCCGGCAUCAAUGAGAAGCUGUUCUUUGUCUUGAAAAAUGUCACCAAGCCCUACUCCAGCCUGCCUAGUGAGGCAGUCUUUGCCAACAGCACCGGGCUCUUGGUGGUGGCUUUUGGCCUACUGGUUCUCUAUGUUCUUCUGGCUUCACCAUGGAAGCGUCCAGACCCAGGAGCUCUGACUGACAGACAGUUGCUGCUUCAACUGCUGCCUGGAUCCCGCCCUUUCCCUGUGACUUACAUGCCUGCCCCCCUCAGGCAACCCUAUGAGCCCUGGUAAACUGUUCUCCCAAGAACAGACAGCCUGACCCUAGAGCCCCAAGUGAUGGGUAACAGAGGUUUCGGUGGCCUUCCUUUCUGUCCCCUUGUGGAUAUGUAUGGGCUUUCCUGCCUCCUCUAGUCACGCUCUUCCCUGACAAGGCCCAGCCCACUAUGAAACUGAAACCAGCAUUAUGAAGCAAUUUGCUGGACAGAGUCCUGGGAGCCACUGCUGCCUUCAGAGGUGUUCCUUGUUGAGUACUGGGUGCUUCUGUCCCCACCCCCCAUCCCCAUCAAGGCCACCCAGCCUCCCUCCAUGGUAUGCCAGAGUGUGUGCUUUGAUCUUCUCCUGAAGAGAAACUGGGUAGAGGGAGGAGUCUUGCCCCUCUCCUUUGUAUUGGCCUGUGGCGCUUCAUACCUUCUCAGAUCAGAUGGCCAGGUCCCCACUGCAGACCACUGUACUUAGCAGACCCGUAGGAGAGGAGUUGAGUUCCUGCACUCCCUGCAGAUAGUGAUCAGGCUGAACUUCAACCCUGCUGCCAGAAGUUGGCAGGAGGCCUGGCAUGAACUUCCUGACCAAAUGAAGCCUGCACACCAUUGGUAUCACUGCUGGGCACAUUGGACAUAUCACCUCCCUCCCCUGGUUUUCUACUUCUUCAUGAAUCUGAUUUUUAUUAAAUGUGUUUUUAAACAUUAAA